UACACGCUAUGUAUCUGUUUUUCUGUAGAUCCCCUUCCCUUUUGGUUUUUUGUUUUUUUUUCUAGAAAUCCAAUCGAGGUCGUGGUACCAGUGCGGAGAGAGAGAGAGAGAGAGAGCGGUGGACUAAUCAGAUCAGACGUGGUAAAUUUUGUGGGUAAAGGUUGAGAAUGGCGGAGGACAAAUACAACCUGAAGAAUCCAGCGGUGAAGAGGAUUCUGCAGGAGGUGAAGGAGAUGCAAUCAAACCCUUCCGAUGAUUUCAUGAGCCUCCCUCUCGAGGAGAAUAUAUUCGAAUGGCAAUUUGCAAUCAGGGGACCCAGUGAUACUGAGUUUGAGGGUGGUGUCUAUCAUGGACGAAUCCAGUUGCCUGCUGAAUACCCAUUCAAGCCUCCAUCAUUUAUGCUGUUAACACCAACUGGUCGUUUUGAAACCCAAACCAAGAUAUGUUUAAGCAUAUCAAAUCACCAUCCUGAGCACUGGCAGCCAUCAUGGAGUGUGAGGACUGCUUUAGUAGCACUAAUUGCAUUUAUGCCCACCAACCCAAAUGGUGCUUUGGGCUCAUUAGACUAUAAGAAAGAAGAAAGGCGUGCUCUGGCAAUUAAGUCUCGUGAAGCUGCCCCAAAAUUUGGCACCCCUGAACGUCAAAAAGUGAUUGAUGAGAUCCACGAAUACAUGUUAAGCAAGGCACCACCUGUCCCUCAACUCAGCCCCUCUCAGGCUCCCGAAGAACAGUCUACCAACAAAGAGUAUGAAACCCAAGUGAAUCCUCAAAAUGCUGUUGGGGAAGAGCUUUCAAAUGCAGCGGUAGGUGACAGGAUUGUUGAAGAACCACAUGAAGCUCCUUUGAACGCGAAUCCUGAACCUGAGGGAUUGAGGGUACCAAGACGGGUUCCUGUUGGACAUUCAGUUGAGCCACUACUGCAUAGGCAGGAACCAAUGGUUCAGAAGCCAUCUGAUGAUCGCAUGUUUACGUUGGCUGCAGUUGGACUUACCAUUGCUAUAGCAGUUCUUCUGUUGAAGAAGUUUAUGAAAGCUAGUGGACAUGGUGCUUUUUUCAUGGAUGGAUCCUAGAUAUGGUGGUCGUUACUGCCAGUUCAGGCGGCACAUGUGGCUCGAACAAAUAUUCAAUUUUCCACAAAAUGUGAACAAUUUGUGUAUAGUAUGCCUCAUGCUUCACCUAUUGAUGACAAUGGCAAUACAUUGUAAUGUAUUCGUGAGCAUGAUUAUUCAAUUUCAGCCUGUGUUUGUGUGGGUGGUUUUGUAUAUGGUAACAAAUAAUGUACUCUGCACUUUAUUUUGAACUCAGGACUGGAAUUCAAAUACAAAGGAGCUUCAAUCCUUAGCUUUAAUGAUUUAUCA